AUGGCCUCUACUGUAAUUUAGUGGGCGUGGUUCCUUGAGGCUCCUCCUCUAGAACGCCUCUCCAAUGGGUGCCGCCCUGGUGUCCAUGGCGACAGCGGCGGCUGCGGCUGUCCGCUGGCUUAAAGAGCUAGGAGCUAAGGCCGAGGGGGAGCGGGCUCCCUGUCGUGUCCGCGGGAAUCACGGUCCUGUGAUCGCAGAGGCCCAGGAAACGCCCAGGAAGAGCCUGAGCGGGCAAAGGGCGGCCAUGAGCUACCAGCUGAGCCCAGCUUCAGGCCUCUAGGGGCAGCUCCUCAACACCUCGGGUGGAAUCUAAAAGGAUGGAGCCAAGCACUUGUAAGAACAGCGAAACCGAGGAAGACUAUGCUGAGGAAGAGGAAUCUGAGGAGGAGUGCAUUGAAGAGGAAGCUCCAGUCCUUUCCGACCCUUUGCAGCAGGCCUUAUCAGAGGCUGACCAUAAUGCAUUUGAGGAUGGGUUUCCCUUAGCUAUUGUAGCCAAAAAAAUUAUAGCUCCAGCUGACACAGAUGACAUAGACCUUGGGAGGAGAAAAAGAAGGCGGAAACGCAGAUCCCUGACCAUCAACCUGACCAGCUGCAAGUAUGAGAGUGUGCGGCGGGCAGCGAAGUUGUGUGGCUUGAAGGAGGUGGGGGAGGAUGAAGAGUGGACCGUGUACUGGACAGACUGCUCGGUCUCACUGGAGCGAGUCAUGGAAAUGAAGAGAUUUCAGAAAAUCAACCACUUCCCUGGCAUGACGGAACUCUGCCGCAAGGAUCUGCUGGCACGGAACCUCAACCGAAUGCAGAAACUCUACCCCACCGAGUACAACAUGUUCCCCCGCACCUGGUGCCUCCCUGCAGACUACGGGGACUUCCAGGCCUAUGGUCGGCAGCGCAAAACCCGCACUUACAUCUGCAAGCCAGACAGUGGCUGUCAGGGCCGUGGUAUCUUCAUCACCCGAAACCCCAAGGAGAUCAAGCCAGGAGAGCAUAUGAUCUGCCAGCAGUACAUCUCCAAGCCCUUCCUCAUUGACGGCUUCAAGUUUGACAUGCGAAUCUACGUCCUGAUCACAUCCUGUGACCCUCUCCGGAUCUUCAUGUACGAGGACGGCCUGGCCCGCUUUGCCACCAUGCCUUACAUGGAGCCCAGCCAUAACAACCUGGAGAACGUCUGCAUGCACCUCACCAACUAUGCGAUCAACAAACACAAUGAGAAUUUUGUCCGGGAUGAUGCUGUGGGCAGUAAGAGGAAGCUGUCGACACUCAACGCCUGGCUGCGAGAGCAUGGCUACGACCCCCGGGAGCUGUGGGGAGACAUUGAGGGCAUCAUCAUCAAAACCAUCAUCUCAGCUCACUCUGUCCUGCGCCACAACUACCGAACCUGUUUUCCCCAAUACCUGAGUGGAGGCACAAGUGCCUGUUUUGAGAUCCUCGGUUUUGACAUCUUGCUGGACCACAAGCUGAAGCCCUGGCUGCUGGAGGUGAACCACUCCCCAAGCUUCACCACAGACUCCCGCCUCGACCGAGAGGUGAAGGAUGCGCUUCUCUGUGAUGCCAUGACCCUCAUCAACCUCCGGGGCUGUGACAAAAAGAAGGUGAUCGAGGAGGAAAAGCGGCGAGUCAAGGAGCGGCUUUUGCUGUGCCACCAACAGCCACGAGAAGCCAGGCGAGAACUGAUGGAGUCAUCCCACGCGGCCAUGCUGGACCAGGAGAGAUACGAGGAUUCCCACCUGGGGGGAUACCGGCGGAUCUACCCAGUGCCUGACAUGGAGAAGUAUGCUCCCUUUUUCAAGCACAAUGGCUCCCUCUUCCAAGAGACUGCUGCCUCCAAGGCCAGAGAGGAGUGUGCCAGGCAGCAACUGGAAGAGAUCCGCCUGAAGCAAGAACAGCAGGAAAACUCGGGCACCAAGAGGCGAAAGGAAAACAAGGACCAGAACCUGGGUGAAUCAGCCGGAGAGAAGAGCAGAACCAGAGUAGGGUCCCGGACCCACUUGGCUUACAGGAUGCAGAACCGGGAGAAAGAGCUGCUACCAGUAUACCCGGACACCAUGCAGCCUCAAGAAAUUGUGGAAGAGGAAGAGCUAGAGCGGAUAAAGGGUCUCCUACAAAGGGGGAACCUCAUCCGAAGCCUGGGUAUUGUAGAGCAGCUCACCCGCAUGCUCCACUUUAGCCACCGGAGCCAGAAAAACCUUCAGGAGUAUCGGCCUAGAUUUCACCAUGACGGGCUGGGAAAUCAAGAAAUGCAGUCUCUGAGGCUGGUUCCACUGGUGCUUCUGAGAGAGGCUGCCUCAGAGCAGGGCCAUCCUCAUUUCCUGCAACCACUUCGGCCCCACGAAUUGAUCCCCAGGAUCUUAGGGCCACUGUCAAGCAUGAGUGCUGCAAUUCCGCAUCAUUCUCAGUGCCACCUGCAGUCCAGGAACGUCUACUGGACAGGGGAUUCAGCAACCAUGGGCCCCUGUUCACUGUCAAUGAAGAAAUCUGGGACACACUAUUUACCCCGCGCUAGAAUCAGGCUUGCUGGCCAAGACCAAGCCAGCAGAAGGUUAGAAGCCCUAAGCCGAGCCCUGGCAGGAACAGUGCCAUCCAUUUUAACCUCAAAGCAGCGCUAUCUUCUGCAGCCGGAAAGCGUGGAAAGGGACUCAUGGACUGAAUGCGCCUUGCCUUCCAUGGGAAACUCUGAAUGUAGCACAGCCAAGGCCGAGGAUGUCGCCCUCUGCGCGGCCUCUGCACCCAUGCUGCGGCGCUCCAGCACACUCCUCAACGUCAGCCAGCACAGGCUGUCACCAAGUUCCAGUGCGAAAUCCCCUGGCCAGGAACCUGGUUUGCAAAAGGCAAAACAAAGACACUAAGAAUUCCUCAACACCGAUAAAGACGAGAAGAUGAAGAGCCGGGGCCGACCACGUCCUCAUCUCUGCACCGCAAGCCUCAGCCUGCGUUUAUCGCUAGCCGAUGGGUCGGAACCCUGGGUGCUGGUCCAGGUCUGGCGGGCACUUCGGCGACAAGGGCCCUUCCUCGGAGAGCCAAGCGCCCAGGGCAAGGCGAGGUCGCUGUCCGAAGACGGCUAAGAGGACGCUUCUCCCGCCACCCUGGCGUAGACAGGCAGGCCUGGGCAGCCUGGGACAGAAGGGCGGCUGCUAGCAACUGAAUCCGUCUUUUUAUUAAAGCUUAUGUCGUUUUC